GUACAGAUGCCAGUAUUCGUACGGCACUGUCUAUCACGCGCCAGCUUUUUAGUCCUCUGGUUAACGCGAGCAAGUACACUUCGGAAUUGAAAGAAAGGAAAAGAAAUAAAACAGAAUAAGAUUUCUAGUAAAUUGAAACUUCGCGAACGUUUAUCGGUGACCAUUAAUGGAGUGUCAUCGCGAGGGAUUGACGUGACAAAUUGUCACCGGUCUCUUCUUAUCACCCGGCUUCGCAGACAGAAACAAAUCGAGGAUUAAAUGAGUACUGUUUAAAAUGGACAGAAAAAGCCUCGGAGUAUCGCGAAUUUUCGUGUGUUGUUCGAAUGUCAUUUUUUUGAUAUCGGGUUUCGCGUUGAUGUCAUUAGGAGCAUUGUUGUUAGCUGACGAUGAACGCAUAUUACUGUCGCGUUUAUUGGGACCAGGCGAUAUACACCCCAAUCAACCCUUGUUUUACUACCUGGCUUUCGCAAUCGUUGGAUUAGGCUUCCUAAUUACGCUCACGGGUCUCCUAGGAUGUUGGGCUACUUGCAUCUACAACCGAUGCGUCACAAUUUCUUAUCUCAUCACGAUAACUCUGCUGUUGUUUGGCGAGUGCACAGUUUGCGUUCUGGUGGUGUUUUGGCCUCAUGUGUUGGGUAUCGAUGUCAGAUCAGCGAGAUUGAUACGCGCCCUGCAACGCAGCUAUGCUGUUCCUGGUCGCGAGCAAUUUACAGCAGCCUUGGAUCUCGCUCAAACCACGUUUGCUUGCUGUGGUAUCAACGGAAGCAGCAAUUACGGCACCUCGUGGUGGCGGCUGCAGGAAGUCGGCCGAAGAGAAUUAGUGGUGCCUCUCAGUUGCUGCACCCUGAAUAACGCCAACCAGACCGACUCCUUCCUCAACCCUGAACCUGCCAAUCUUACUCUCUGCCAGGCUUUGAACCCUGCCGAACAUCAAUACGCACGACACACCACGGGUUGUUUGGAGAUGUUAGAGAAAUGGACGCAAGAUCAAGCACUGAUACUACUCACCGUCGGGUUGGCGGUGGUUUUCGUAGAAGUGGGCGCACUUUUAAGCACGUUCUUCGCCUGUUCGCGUGGAAAUAGACGGGCCAAGUCGCAGGCGUCGACGUUUACGUCCACGCAAACUCUCAGUCCAUUCAGCGAGAGCGACCACGAUUUCGAGGGCAGCGAGGGUAAAUCAACGAUCGACGUCAAGAAUACAGGCACGAAAAGUGUGUCGAAUUUGCCUAGGCUUAACGACGUGAGGAGAUUCGGGAGAAGCAUCAUCGAGGAAUGGAAGAAUCCUCCGAAGUUCAACGAAGACGUGCUUCGAAGCGAUCAGUUGUACGAGGAACGAGCGAUCGACGUAGUACCAGAUUAUUAUUUCCACUCUUCGAAGGAUUAUAAAAAGGACUACAAAAAUGACAAUUCAAAAGAAUCUAAGGACCCUGUUAAACUUCGUGACGACAAAAAGAACGCGUUGAAAGGGAGGCAAAGUAACAGCGGUACCGUCAGGAGCAUACCUAUAAGAAAUUAUCAAGCAUCGAUAGCUUACAAUAUUGGAACUCUAAGGCGGUCCGAAGCACCUCAGCUACAGUUUGAAUCAUCGAUAUCAGAACCAGAGAAGAAUCUUCUCAAAUCUAAGGAACCAUUGACUCGUGCUUCGAAACGUUCGGAAACCGGCAAUCCGUCACGAAGGUCUUGCCAUUCUUGCGACUAUCAGCGUGAGAUUCGAAACAAUAACAGUCAAAUUAAUUCGAAACUGAAGACUUUAGAUAGAAGAAUAGUUAAAAGCGAGCAUAAUGUUUCCAUGCGCGACGAGGACCGAGAUAUCACCGACUUGGAUGAUUACUUUCAUAAAUCUUCCUCUCAGAAAUUGACCUCCAGUCGACGAUGGUUGAAGGAUAAGAAAUCCAGAAGCAGACGCAAGGAAGAAACGAAAGUAUAUGAUAAACCUUCGAAGAGCGACGAGACGCGGGCUUCAAGAAAAUGGGGAACGAUAGCUCUCGAGCGUGGACACGUCGGUCAAAAGAUAUCCGCGUACGAGGAAAACGCGAAACGCACUGGUCGCAACUGGGACUUCACGGACAAGUAUCAAGUAUUUCCGGAGAUGAACAAGCAUCGAGCAAUCGGUGUACCAUUGGUAGGAAUGCACAACGCGUGUGGUUUGCCUGUGGUAACUUCUUGGCAGGAUCACGAGCUGCUGGAUCAACAUGGAAGGGUAUUAGGAACUUUGAGGCCGAUUUUUAAAGGACCACGCGCCUCUUUGGCACCUCGUCAUCGAACUCAUCCUAAACGAAAAAUGUCACAUACGAAUCAGAGCAUUUCUAAAAGGAGUACUUUGAGAGAUUCUGAUAAGGGGAUCGAUUAUCCAUCGAUUAGGUCGUUGGUUUCUGUUGGUUCAGGUAGUGGAAGCGGAAUUAGUAAAAGAAGAAAACGUCGUCCAUCGUUUAAGACUAAGAAACCGGGGACAUCCUCGUCGAAGAACUCCCUGAAACGUAAAAAUAAAUCAGAUGUUAAGAAAAAUAAGGAGAAUUCUUUUGAACCUGGAAACAGUAAAAGGCAAACAUUAUACGCGAGAGAUGAUGGCGAGGAUGCGGUUCAGGUGUUGAAGAAUUUAUGCUUGAAUCCUUUGGCUCGUACAAAAUCGGAAACGGGUAUGAUUUGGUAAUAACAGUGGGACAUCGAUGUCGUUGCUUACAAGUACAAUCGUGUAGAAGUACUUUUAUCUUUCAUUUAUAUAAAUUACAUUUGUAUUUUUCUUUAGUUUAUAUAUGUGCGUUAUGUUCUCUGUAAAUAUGUAUCAACGAUUAUACUGUAUUCUUGAGUGUUAUAAUAAAAUGAAACCCUUGCUACCCUCGUUGAAAGAA